CUUUUUGGUGGGAAUUUCUUGAUCAUACAAGGUACACGCACAUGUGGUCGGUAAGUGUCAGGUGAAGCUGGUCGGUCAUGAGAUAUGUGAAGACUGUAUUGGUCGUUACAACAGGUGGUCGGUAAGUGACAGGUUAAGGUGGUCGGUCAUGAGAUAUGUGAAGRCUGUAUUGGUCGUUAUAACAGGUGGUCGGUAAGUGACAGGUUAAGGUGGUCGGUCAUGAGAGAUGUGAAGUCAUUCAAGAACCAGCAGUGGUUGUUAUACCAGCAGUGGCCGGUUGUACGAAGGGUAGAUAGCACAAUCCAAUGGAAAAAUCCAGUGGAUAACUCGAUGCUGUUAUCCAAUAAAUUUAUCCACUGGAUAAAAUAUAUCCGUCGGAUAGCGCUAUCCACCCUUCGUACAACCGGGCCCUGGUCUUUAAGUGAUGGGUGAGCAUUUCGAUCUAGAGAAGUCGAUUUCUAUAUAGCCUGAAGUUUGAUUUAAGGAAAAAGCUGGUAAAUUGGCGAGAAAAGUGUCUGUCGCAGUACAAGAACGAUGAGUAUCGAAAAGGACUCUAAAAAGAGGCAAAAGGAGAUUACGAAAGAAUGGAAGACAAUAUCUUCUCACUAUUCCAAAAAUCUAAAGUCCCUUGAAGAUUUGGUAACCAAGCUAGGCGUCUAUCAAACUCUACAGUUAGGAGGUGAAGAUGAUAGCAUGGCUGGAGUGCAGAACGAUGACAUUGUUAUCUGGAAACAGCAUGUUACCCGUGGACAGCAACAGUUAUACAAUUCACUGAAGAAGCUUCGUGAUUUGAUAACCAAGCGCAAGAAAAUGGAAAGUGCCUCUUCCAGACCCAUCAAAGUCUCCAUUAGACGUCAGUCUAAACGAUCGUUGAAUCUGGAAGAUCUACAGAAGCAUCUGGAAGGCUAUGGGUCGUUGACAGAUGAUUUAUCCACGUAUGUGGCAGUGACAGAGCAACUUAUCACACUUGGUAACAAACGAGUAGUUGGUGGUGAACUGAACGAAGAAAACGCUACAAAACUACGAGAUGAACUUGUAGCACUUAAUUCACGCUGGAACAAGCUGAAUGGAAAAGUACUUCGCUAUAUUGACAGGUGCGAACAAUUCAUUGAUGAAAUAGUCACCGAGCACAGGAAUUUAUCAUUGUGGAUCGUGAAGGCCGACAAUAUGGUACAGUGGCUGACGGAGUGCGAGAAGCUGGUUCAACGAGAAAAGAAAUUGGGUAUUGAUGAAGAGACUCUGGAGGAACAGUUACAGGAUGUAGAGGAGUUUCUAAAAGAAGGUAGUGAGUACCAGCCCUCAGCGCUAGAUGUUCUGUUCACUGGUGAAAAGUUUGUGCAGGCGAACCGUUUGGAUAAACACGACAUUGAACACGUCGACAAGACGGUGGCUGCCCUGAGAAAACGAUGGAAUGCGAUGGAAGUUCACUUGGAAACAAGACAAAGCAGGAUAGUCGAAAGACUGGAUGUUAUCAAGAAGGGCAAAACUGCUGACAAGUUAAGACCGUGGAGAGAAAAAGCAAAUUCUUUGGCGAAUUCUUUCAGCGAAUCGAAAGAAGUUCUAGACUCUGUUGACGAUAAGCUGAAAGAUGGUGAUAAAUACGAGAUACUAAAGCAGUGUACGUCAGACAUAAAGAAAAUCGAGCAUCGCCUUCUCAACGAGAGUAGUGAGGCAUUAACCGAGGUAUCUUCUACUGGAUCUGCUUGGAUGUCUCAAAGGCAACUCUCUCGAGAUGACGACGAAGAAGUGGAAGAAACUGUGGAUGUGUUGCAUAGAAAAAUGUCGGACCUAGAGGAAACAGUUAGGAAGAAUAAGGAGAGAGUGUGUCGCACAACAGCGAACAUCAUGAACCAACAAAUCAGCGAAUGUGAACAGAGCAUCAACGAUCUUGAUAACGCUUCUCUCGACAACUUUGCAGCAAUCGGUACAGACGUUAAAGCCGUGCAAAAACAAAUAGAAGAUCUUGAGAAAUUCGAGGAUCGUAUCGAGGUAAAUGAAGCCGAGUUCAACCAGGUAACACAGAGAUUUGAAGACGCAUUAUCCGAAAAUAUGCUCGAUGAGCCGAACAGACACAAAUUAAGCCAUCGGCUGCAAGAACUGGAAUGGAGAUACAAAGAACUGUGGAGAGAGAAUGAUAACAACAAAGAAAGGAUCCUGAAAGCUCUUUUAUCAUAUAGCAGUGACGUGAUGGCUGUAGCCCAUAACUGGUUGAGUGAUGCUGAAGAACGCGUGGAAAUGAUCGAGAAAAUAGACACUAAGGAGAAGAUAGCUGCAGAAAAAGGAUACAAUGAACAUAAGCGCAUAGAUGAAGAAUUAGUGGUGAAUGAGCCCAAAGUGAGGUCUGCCAUUGCACUUGGUAGAGCAAUAGUAAGCGACAAACUGAUAAAGGAAGAGGAUUUAAAGGACGUGCAGAAAGAAAUGGAUGAAAUGGAGGAUAGAUUAGAGGCCCUGAAGACAAAGAACAAACGCCACCAUAUCAAAUUCCACUCUGCAAUGACAGAAAAUAUAUUGCGACAAGAAGAAUCAAUCGAGAUAUCAGAAGUGAGUGAAGUACAUGCUGAGUUACCUGAGAAUAUCGACUUGAAGCCAACUGAUGAAGGAUUUAGCGAUGGGGAAAGUGCUGCUGACUCACAGGAUAAAACUAAAAGCUACCUUGACCCAAAGUCUGUCAAGUUCCACGCAGAAAGUAAAGACAUGAAUCAAUGGAUUGACGAGUCAAAUAGAAUGGUCAAUGAGUUCUAUAAAGAAAUGCACGCUAAAGAUGCAUGGAAAAAGCAAGAAAAGAUCGAGAAACUAUGCGGACAGAAAGAAAAAAGACAGACGAAGGUCAAUUUUCUCAACAAGCUGGGAAAAGAAAUAAUGAACGAGUCAAGAGAUAAAGAAGUAUCAAAAGAGAUUGAAGAAGAACUGGCUACCUUGAAUAACAGGUGGUCUGACUGCCUGAGCAUGUUGGAAACAGCAAAAGAAGUAGAUGUGCCAAAGAAGAAGAAAGAUAGCGCGUGUUGCUUGUGGGUGAUCAUAAGAAGAAAAUUAAGAACAUUGUGUGCUUACAAUUAAGAACAAUUAUUUUUUUACAGGAUUUUUUGAAAAAUUCUGUCGGAAAUUUUCUAUAAAAAUAGGUCCUUUGCAGAAAGAGGUCACGUGCUUAGAUACCACUUAGCAACGCCAAACUGGAGAGCAAGCCAAUAAGCCAAUAAGAGGGCUUAACCCAAAUUUUCACUAAAUACCUUGUCUGCUCUUGAAGGGCUUCCAAGCACUGUGAUUGGAUAGCGUACAUUUUCUCGCGUGUUGAUAGGCUCACAGCGGACAAGAAAACCACUCGAGUGCUUGACAACCCAGUUAAAUCUCCUCCAUGCUUUGUACUCGCGAUAAUCUAAAUUAAAGUGUUAGGGUAUAACACGAAUAUAUAUGAAAAGAUGGAUUUAAAAAUAUAAUAUUUAAGAUAA